AUGGAGAUAUAUGCAAAGGCAUAUGACGUUAAAGUUUGGAUAGUCAACAAAAAGGGGAAUUAUCCUCUGACAGCUGCCACUCAACCACUUGCUGAUCCUGAAGAUAUAGAUUCAUAUACAAAUGAGCAAAAGGCAGUGGUACAAGUCAACAACAAGGCGAGAAACUUGCUUUAUAAUGCUAUAAGUGGUGAAGAGUAUGAGAAAAUCUCUAGCUGUGACACUGACAAAGAGAUACGGGACAAGCUUGAGGUUACAUACGAAGGAACUAGCAAGGUAAAGGAAACACAUAUCAACAUGUUGGUUCAUGAUUACGAACUCUUUCAAAUGAAAGAAGGAGAGCCCAUUGAAGAGAUGUUUGCCAGAUUCAGCAAGAUAAUUAGCGAUCUAAAAGCCUUCGGCAAACCAUAUUCAAGUGGUGAUCAAGUUAGAAAGAUUCUUAGAAGCCUACAACUACUUGGCAGACCAUAA